UAAAACAUUUGAAACAUACAUAAAAUCUCCUAUAAUGAAGUGUAUUUUAAUAUUGGCAGGCUGUUUGAUUAUUGCGGCCCUAGCCCAAGCGUAUCCCCAAAGAGCUUAUCCCCAGCAUUUAGUGUAUCGUCCACCACCAACACAACGUCCUGCCAGACCCAUACGUUUCAGACGUGAUGUUAAGGUAGCAAAUACAAUAAACACAAAUCCUAAUGGAGGUCAAGAUGUUUCGCUAUCAGCCACCAAAGUUGUAGGAAAUGAGCAUGGCGCAGCAUUUGGUUCAGUCUUUGCUCAAGGUAAUACCAGGGGAGGUGAAACAAUAAGAGGAGCUACUAUAGGAGCAGGAGGCCAUGGUGUUAGUGCCUCUGUUACCAGAGCCCAAACUUCGAUGACAGACUCGUUUAUAAAGCAAGCUGAAGCCAAUUUAAAACUAGAUAAUUUGAAUACUAUCUCAGCUCAAGCCUCACACAUGGAUACCAAAAUCAAUGGUUUCAAUUUUAGACCCGAAGGACGCACUGUCCGAUUAGUAUGGAGAAAUGGUAAUGGCUUCACUGGCUCCGCCAGUCGUGACACUCAAAAGGGUGUCAGUAAUACAAUAACGAAAUCUGCCUCGGCCAAUCUUUUCCACAAUGAUAGACAUAGUGUGGAUGGUACUGUGUUCAAUUCGAAUGUUGGUUUUGAUAAUGGCUAUAGUUUCGAUAAAACUGGUGGUAGUUUGGGCUAUUCUCAUGCCGGUGGUCAUGGUUUAAAUGCUGGUCUAACACGUUUUUCGGGCAUUGGCAAACAGGCUUCGCUGGAUGGUUACUCAAAUCUAUGGUCGUCAAAUGAUGGUAGCACGAGGUUGAAUGCAAAUGCUGGCGCCUCGAGAUGGUUGAAUGGACCGUUUAGUGGACAAACAGAUUAUGGUUUUGGUUUGGGUUUAAGCUAUAAUGAUUGGAGCGGUUAAUUAGUUGUUUAGUAUAUGUAGGUAUUAUUUAUUUAAUUAACUAAAUUAAAAAUGUAUUUA